AACCAACUAAAGGCUAACAUGAAUGUAUGUUCAAGUCAGCAAUUAGCAUGCUAUCAGCAUAGGGCAAAACCAAUGUGCCUAAGCCAGGAUUUGUAAAUCAUUUGUGUUUCAGUGUGAGCAUGCUUAUACUGGAUCAGCUGAGAAUGACAGUGCACAUGCAGUUCACUGCAGAUAUUAAUAACUAUGAAAGACUACGAGAAAACGACAGCAUUCUUGGGCCAGUGGUGAACGUUUCAAAAAAUCGUCUUCUUUCUGCUGUGUGCCAGCACAGUUCCGAAUGGAUUCAGUGCUUUCUCUGUUAUAUUCCUGGCUGAUAUUCCAGCCCACCACUGCCAAAUACCAAGCAUGAAUCUGAGUGAAGACUGGAUCAGGGCAAGCAUUCCUACAAAGGCGGUGAAUGGAAAGCUAGAGCUGAGUAAGUGCAGGAGAUACAAGCUGGACAUAAUACGAAACCUUUCUUCUCUAGGCUACAAUCCUGAAGACGUAAACCUCACUGACAUUGAACAGGAGAAAUGCGUAGAUGGAUGGACGUACAGUAAAGACAUCUACCAGUCCACAAUUGUUACUGAGUUUGACCUUGUUUGUGACGAUGAAUGGAAACAACCCUUCACCUCUUCCAUCUACUUCAUUGGUGUGCUCUGCGGAUCAUUCUUUUCUGGACAGAUCUCUGACCGGUUUGGGAGAAAGCCUGUCCUUUUCGUAACCAUGAUGGUCCAAACAUUCUUCACCUUUAUUCAAGUCUUUGCGCCAUCUUGGGAAGUAUUCUCUGUUCUCUUCUUCAUUGUUGGACUGGGGCAGAUUUCCAACUACGUGGCAGCAUUUGUGUUAGGUACAGAAAUCCUUUCUGAGGGCGUAAGGGUCCUUUACUCAUCACUGGGAGUGUGUUUUUUCUUCGCCAUUGGCUACAUGAUGUUGCCACUGAUGGCAUUCCUAAUACGAAGUUGGAGGAUGCUUUUAGUUGCACUGUCUGUACCUGGCCUUAUCUACAUCCCCCUCUGGUGGUUCAUUCCAGAGUCUCCUCGAUGGCUGAUCUCUCAGGGGAAAGUAGAAGAAGCUGAGGCCAUAGUGAAAAAUGCUGCUAAGAAAAACAAAGUCACACCUCCUGACAUCAUUUUCAGUGAGAUUGGGGAAGAGGAGAGAAACACUAAACCAAAAGAAUCAAACAAUGUUUUGGAUCUCAUGAGGACCAGCAACAUUCGGCGAACUACUUUGAUAUUGUUUCUAGUGUGGUUGACCCUCAGCAUGGGCUACUUCGGCCUUUCUUUAAACACAUCUCGCCUUCAUGGAGAUCCAUUUGUAAACUGUUUCAUUUCUGCUGCCAUUGAGGUACCUGCCUACAUCACUAGUUGGCUGUCUUUGCGCUACUUACCAAGGAGACUGUCUUGCUCAGCCAGCAUGCUGCUAGGAGGAGGAGUGCUCUAUUUCAUUCAGUUAGUACCACCAAGUCUGCCCUCCUUGUCUGUAGCUCUUGAAAUGGUGGGGAAGUUUGGGAUAGCUAUAGGAACAGCCCUGAUGUUCACCUACACUGGGGAACUGUACCCGACAGUGCUGAGGAACACAGCAGUGGGGUCAUGUGCUAUGGUGUCUCGUGUGGGCAGUGCAAUUGCCCCUUACUUUAUUCAUUUGAAUGUGAUUCAUCAACACUUGCCCUACAUACUUUUGGGUACCCUGUGCCUUUUGUCAUCGACAACCACACUGUUCCUGCCAGAGAGCUUUAACCGCCCACUUCCAGAGACAAUAGAACAGAUGCAAAAAAGGGACAGGAUAAAUUGCUCAUGCUUCUCUAGAAAACAUGAAGGAAAGGACCUAUUCCAAGACACCACUUCCACCAUCACCACCUCAGUUAAAAUCCUUCAAGAGGAGAGAUUCUGAGCCCUUGUUCAGUUAGGUAGGAAAUUCAGAGGCAAGAAAAUAAAGCAGAUGGCAGUUCUUUGAGCAACUGAUUAAACAAGUGGAAUCAGGUGUGCUCCAUCUCAUUUGGAAGGAAAACUUGCAGA